CUUGGAGUUUUCAUUUCUCUCAUCCCAUUUCCCAUCCUCAAGCGAUCACAAACUUUCGCACCCGACUUGACCUAAAUAUCUGCCAACAUUCGCAGACUCUUUCCUUCCCCUCUACCACUGACCCGACAAGACCCAUCAAUUAUCACCCCGUCAGACCAAGUGUACCAACGUGAUUACGAUGUCUGACACCAGCUCAAGCGGUGGCUACCAGAGCUCCGAUGAUUAUCCGGAGAGCAUUCUGGAUACUCUCGAGGCCAGCCUCACCACCAACCGCGGCGAGGAGAGCACCGAGCAAUCUUCGCUGCCCUUCCACGCUCCCCGACUCAAUCAGCCCGGCGCAAUGCAGCAGCUGGGUCACCUCCAUGUCAGGCACGUCGACAACGCCGUUGCCGGCAGUGCCAACAACAACAUCCAGGCCCUGGCGCCUGCCCCCAUCCCGGAUCAACUCAUCGAUCCGAUCCUCCACGAGUACCAGGCCAUCGCGGACAAGGCGAACGCAGCACGCCCGCCGUCGCCGUGGGGCGGACGGAUGUUAGCAUCCGUCGAGUACGAGCCUCGCCGCGCACGCCGCGCGGCUUACGACGCUGCCCAAGCCGAGCUGGCUCAUGUCCAAGCCCGGCCCGCUGCCUUCCUCGAGGCUGAAGCUCGAUCUCAAGCCGCCGCCGCCACGAAUACCCACAGCCAACCUUCCCCCAACCAAGCUCAAGCCGCCAGCGACAAUGAAAACAACCGCCGUCACGAGCCUGCAGCCCCUCGAGGCCAAGGCGAAAGAGCGCAGCGCAACGCCACGCUGCACGCGCUCGGCCUGUGCGUCCACUGCCGCAGGCCAAACGUCCCCGGCUCCAAGAAGAAGGGCUGCCCCGAGUGCCGUGCCAAGCGGGCUAAGCUGACUAACGCCUGGCGCGAUAAGACGAGCCGGGGUCAGGGCCCAGGAAGCGGCGGUCCUGGAUCGCAGGGCCCGCCUCCCCCUCCUCGCGAUGGUGCGGUGGUGAAAUUUGCCUGAAGAGUGGACACCGGGAAGAAUGUCGGGGAGGUUGCAUGACUGGAUGAGAGUGAUGAGGGACAGAAUGACUACGGUGGGAUGAAGGAAUCAUAAAGGGACAGAAUUGGCUGUGGUGGUGGGAUAAGUGGAUGAUUUGUGGCAAGGCGUUUUAGGAGGGAAAGGAUCGGUCGGUUUUCUCGGGACACACGGUUUUGUCGGGCAUCUGGAUUGCUUGGGGAGGGUUAAGAAGGGGACGGGACAUGCAUGUGCUUUCUUUUCUGGACAUGAUGAUGAUCACUGGCAGGAUACCCUUUGGCUUUGGCGUUGACGUCUGUAGGGAAUUUGCUGGCUUUUGGGAACUCGGUCAUUAGACUCUCGUUGCUGAGCGGAGCAUCGAGCAUAAACUUUAGACUUGUCUGUCCUCAGUACACCUUAGACAGUAGACUGGGUAGCCUAACAUGAUACUUGCU